UUUGUGUUGAUAUUGAUUCUAGAACUCGCAUUACGCCUGACCAAUAAAAACUCAAUCACUUUUGCACAUAAUUUCUGAAGUCAUGCGAACGCUUUUGCUCAGCGUUCAAGACGAAAUCCGACUCGGAUACAUCUAACCUGUAUAUAUGUUGACUUUUAAUUUGUAAAAAUAGAAAAUGUCAAAGUGACAACCGAAAAAGACAACAACAGAAAAAAAACGAACUAACAGAAGCUUGGUAAACGCUCUGCUAUUUACAUUUGCAAUAUCUUAUCACCGUUUUUUCUGUUACUAUUGGAAAAGACCAAUCGGUUUGUUUCGUUCACUAGAUUAACAACUUCGAUUGAUGUAUGAGAGGCAAUUGCAGGCGUGUGAACAACAGUGAUACACAAUGAUUCUCCGGCAAUUUGUUACUGGUAGUAACGCUGUGGAAGAAAUUUACAUUGUAAAAUCGGAAUGUCCGACUUUUGUUAACGAAACUAUAGAAAACGGGAGUGAACCUUCUUGUGAUUUACAAGAUACAGCUGAACAGUGUGUUUUGACAAUCAUCGAGGCAACAGCUGUUGUUAACAGGAGAACCGACACAAGCGUUACCAUAGCGAAUUCGGAUACAAAUGCGGUUUCAAUUGUAAAACAAUGCAGUGAGCAACCAAAUGAAGUAUCUUCCCAAAUUCAAUUGUCUUCUGAUAAAAACAUUUGCCAGCUGUGCAUGGUUAACUUUGAUUCGAUCGCUAUGUUGAAACAGCAUCUAAAUAAGGACCAUCAUCACAUGUUGCCUUUCAGGUGCAAAUCAUGUGCCUCCAGGGAAAUAAAAAACGUUUUACUGUUGAACAAACAUUUUUCCCAACACGAUCGCAACAAAUUAUACAAAUGUAGUUAUUGCGAAGCAAGAUUUGAAAGUGCAAUGCGUCGUUCAGUACAUCAACGUCGGUUCCAUCAAGAGAUGGUGAGCAUUGAUUCUAGUGUAGGACGAUACACGUGUCGAUAUUGUGAGAAGCGAUUUGUAGGAAAAGCGAACUUUGAUCGUCACGAGCGUAAUCAUGACAAACAGCUGGCUCUGUCCGGUGAGGCGAAUAUUUUCGACUUUUUGUAUCAUUGUUACGUGUGUAGUAAACAAUUCACCUCCAAGCAUGCACUUAACGAGCAUUUAAUUGUGCAUGUUGAUCGUUUACCUUUUCGCUGCGGUCAAUGCGUAUCGACAAGCGUGAUAAUAUCAUCCGUGCGCUCGUUAAACAAACAUGUUGCGCUGCAUAUAGAGAAGAAGCCCAUUAAAUGUAUCUAUUGUGCAGAAACCUUUAUAACUGUUCAGGAAUGCGAAACACACGAAAGGCUUAGUCAUGUAGAACUACAUCUACUACCUAGUGAGCACAGUGCUGCAAAGAAAGAAGAAGAAAAUGAAUCCCUGCAGGGUUGUAGAAGCCAGCUAAACAAUCACAAUCACACCAGUGGAGGAACGUUUCGGUACGAGUGUUCCUUUUGCAAUAAGUCUUAUUCACUUUUAAGCACUUUACGGAGGCAUGAAAAUGUUCACACAGGAAACAAACAGUUCAUAUGCAAAAUAUGUGGCAAAAUUUUUAAAAAGUCAUCUUGUCUCUCACAGCACGAACGUAUCCAUUUGGACGACGUUCCAUACAAAUGCAGCUACUGUGGUAAAGGUUUCAAGGAAACAAUUCGUUUGAUUGAACAUAGGCGUAUACACACGGGAGAAAAACCUUUUCAGUGUGAUCAUUGCUCGAUGCGAUUUCGCUUAAAAUCGUUGCUUAAAGCACAUGCUGUAAAGUGCACCAUCAAACAGAUUGCUCCUGCUCAAGAUGUUCAAUGCGAACAUUGUGAACUUGUGUUUCCUAGCAACUGUUUGCUUAUCAUGCAUGCCAUGGACUCGCAUUCGCAGCACAUGUCCGUAGAAAACAAAUGUAGGUAUUGUGAUAUGAAGCUAAAACCUGGUAAGGGUUUAUUGGAACACGAACUGCAACAUCGCGAACCCGGCGUAAUUGAAUGUAAGCAAUGCGGCCGAAUCUUUAAACAGCGGUCUAACCUGAGGCGCCAUCAACGACUUCACACUAUGAACGCCAUGCCGUACAAGUGUGACAUGUGUGAUAAGUCAUUUUCACAGUUAAGUACGAUGAAUGCCCACAGACGGGUGCAUACUGGAGAGAAACCUUACAAGUGUGAGCUAUGUGGGAAAAGUUUUCAACACACCUCUACCAAAAACCGCCAUGUGCGAUCACAUUAUAAGCCGAGCAGUAAAUUAUUUUUAGCAUGUGCAAGUGACAGAAAUGCACAAGCAGUGUAAAACAUGCUUCCUAGAGCUCAACAUUUUACAUUUGGAAUCAAACAACGUAAGAUGUGCUAGGUAUACCUGAAUUCACCUUUGAGUUUCGCGCACCAACGAUUGUAAUGACUAAAAAUAAGAUAAGGAUAGAAUCACCAAUUUAGUAGAACAUUGAAAUCAAGUAGGUAAAGCAAUAUUGUAAUCCAUCAAUGCUCGACAGCUCUUUCUGCGUAGACUUCCAUUAUAUUGUUUCACCAUCAUCAGGAGUUGAUAAUCAACUUUAAAUCCGUAAUUAUUUCUGUUUGACUUACCGUGUUACUGAGCAGUCAAUUAAUUGAUUUGGUUUAACAAUGCCUUUUUCAUUUUUAUUAUUUAAAUUUCAUAACAAUAGUUUAAUGGAAACGCAUUAGCCCACAUUUCAGUAAAUGCAACAAAUAAAAAAUAGAACAUAUCUUAAGUUUUUUGUAGUAUAGAAAAAAAAGAUCGGUAGUAGUACAAGAGAUGUUUACAUUGUUUAUAGAACUUUAACUUGCCUCUCAAUAUAUACUUUGUUAUUCAAGUUUUCCACAAUACUUCUUGUAUGGACAUUCGUGAUCUAUUUCAUCGAUGAACAGUUUCGAAUGAAAAUUCAAUAUUUGGCUCAUACUUGGAAGAAUCGCUGCUAAGAAACGAAGAUAAAUUCUCGCUGUGUUUGUUAGUGUUGUUGGUCCGUAUGCCAAACAAUCAUCCGGCGAUCUUGAUUCUUGAUCAGUUUUUGCUUUCCUGGACUUUAUUUAUCCUUAGCAGAAUAUUCAGUAUUGAUGUGAUUUGAUACACGGUUCUGUCAUGUCACCACAUGUCCAAUGGGUCACGAAUCCACAUGUCCACCGGGUCACCCUUUUUCAUUAUACAGUAAUGUAUUGUUUCUCACGUUGAAUUAUUAAAUGUGAAAUAUAAUACAACAUAAAAUAUAACCAGCAAAUAAAACGUAUUUUUCGGUAGACUCGACUCAGCAAAAACAUAAAUAAUUAA